GAGCGCGCCCCCACGUGGGUAGGAUUUCUUGCGUUCGUGACGUAGCACUUCAUUUACGCAUUUUGCGCAGUCCGGACUCCGGAGCUGAUAGGUCAGAGGUCAUCUUUAAAAUGGCGUCUGGUGGUCGCGCGCCUCCCGCUCCAAGUGGUGUAACGCCUCGGGUCGAGGUAGCAGCACGGGCUUUAGUUCAAUUAAUAGCCAGGGAGUUGUCUGCGACUCCAACUCCACCAGAAGUGAGCAUAGCAGAGAGUGCACCGGUCAGCGUAGCAGUCAGGGCGCUAGACAGCGUCCAAUCCCACAAUGAUGUCAGGGUGAGGCAGGCGAUGAGAAGGCAAUUCCCAAGUAUGUUCAGUACUGAUCAGCCAAGAGGCAAAAGACGAUUUCCCACCCCGGCUCCUUGCAUCGUCAAACGGACGGACUUUCACAUAUAUGUCCUUUCGGGACCCAGUCAGUUUACACCUAAGGGCUCGGAAGAGCUACCACUUGCCUAUGCUGGCCUUGGAAAGAGGAUGCUAAAUCUACCGGACAACUUAUUGCACAGUGAGACUAUGGCUUCGGUUGAGGAAGAAUUUCCAAAACUGAAAACAUUAAAAGGAGGCUGGAUGUUUUUCAAGUCAGCAGGUGGUAGUGGACGUCGAAAGCGGUCCAUAAUUCCUACUGACUCCGAGGGGUACUCCACAAGGCUCCUCAAAACAGCGUCCAACAACGGAAAAAACAUUGUGUUUGUAAUUCCACUACAGGAGCAACUUUCUACCGAACCACUACCCUAUGACUCGGCAGAGUUUGCAAAGAUGCCACAGUCAACCUGCAUAACAUGUGGCAGUCAAAUGCCUUUGCAGCUGUUGCCUUUACAUGUGGAGGAAUGUAAUGACAUAUUGACUGAGAGUGAAUCUGGGACUUCUCUUGAUGAAGUGAUUGAGCAGCCAAAUCCACCUAACACAGGGAUGGGAGAAUUGUCAGAGGUUUGCCCUAUAUGUCUUGAAUCUUACCCAAUUGAUGUCCUCUCAUUUCAUGCAAGCACAUGUGGUGAAGGAAUGGACCCUGCUCAUCAUAGCGAUGCAGCCAGUAUGACAAGGACAGAGGAAAUGCCAGGACCUUCAGUUCAACGAUUGCCAGCAACAGUUUCAGCAGCAUGGGCCAAUGAAGUGGACCCCCGGAAGGCAUGUCAGUUGUUCAGAGAGGAACUGCUGGAACGUAACUAUGAAUGUCCACGCCUCUUUCUGUCAAUCGACUUGUUUGACGCAGAAGAAGAAACAGACAGUUCAUUGAUUUCAUUCUUUAAAAUGAACAAUGUUAACUGGGCAGCUCCAUUGAAGUGCAGGCUGAGAGGGGAUGCAGCAGUCGGCCAAGGUGUCAACCGACACGUUUUGUCAAUGGCCAUGCAGAAACUGAAGACCGGCUUCAGUAUAAAUGUAGGCUGUGCAGCUCUUACAAGCCUUUUUGAAGGCGAAAUGGAACAUCGGGUUCCCUCCGCAGCUGCUGUGCUUCGGGAAAGCAACCUGUUUGAGAUGGCAGGUCGGAUGAUAGGCCAUUCCUUCCCGCAUGGUGGUUUUGGUUUCUCAGGACUAAGUGUGCCUGUAGUGACUCUGUUGACUGGUGGGAGCACGGAUACUGCAGCAUCAGUGAAACAAUUGGUUUUCUCAAGAAUACACAACUUACUGCUCAAGAAACCACCAGUGUGACUGAUCUUUGCCUGUCCUGGGACCUCCCUGUUCCAACCUCCACCAAUCAUGACUGGCUGUUCCAGGAACUUCUUUCCCAUGCAGUAAUCAUUUUAUAUUGUACCAUUUUUAUUUAAACAAUACAAUACAAUGUUUAGGUAAUUAGUAGGUUUGCUUUGUAAGUCCUCCUGUAUCUGCUACUGUGGUGUUUUUCCAUUAGUGCCUCAGUUUGAUUGUUCCUU